CCGCCGCCGGGACCCGCUGAGAGGAGGCAGCCCGACCCACCGACAGACAGACGGACGGGCGGGCGGGCGGGCGCAGCCGCCCGGAGAGCUGAGGAGAGGAGAGGCAGCCAUGGAGGCAGAGGGAGGGAGGGAGGCGCGGGCAGGCGGGGGAGCCCCGGGGAGGAGAGCCAGGCAGAUGCCCUGAGAGGGAGGCGCGAGAGCCCGAGCGGAGGGGAGCCGAAGGGCCCGGAGGGAGAGAGCCACGCCGAGUGCGAGGAGGGGCGGACAGAAGGCGGGCGCUGCCGCAUCCACCAGGCCCCCGUGGGGGGGGGCGGGGGAGACCCAGGGCGCCCUUGGGCCCCUCCCCCAGCCCCCGCCAAGGGGGGAAUUCCGGAAGGGAUGCGCUGGGGGGGCCCGGGGGCGGGAAGAGGGGCCCGGCCGGCCCCGAAGGAACCCGGAGCUGCUGGGCCCCCCAGCACCGCAGCCCACCCCGCAGAGCAUGAAUAUUGAGGAUGGCUCGUCCGUGCAGCUCCCCGCGGCCCCUGCUGCUCCCUGGGAGGAUGUCCUGGCCCCGAGGGGCCCUGCUCUUCCUCUGGCUCUGCUCCCCCCAGCUGGGGGGGGGCGGGGGCGGCGCAGCCCUGGCGGCAGCGGCCGGAGGGGGGUCCCCGCCGGCCACGUCCUGCCCGGCCGCCUGCUCCUGCAGCAACCAGGCCAGCCGGGUGAUCUGUACUCGGAGGGAACUGGCUGAGGUCCCGGCCAGCAUCCCCGUCAACACGCGCUACUUGAACCUUCAGGAAAACGGGAUUCAGGUGAUCCGCACGGACACCUUCAAGCAUCUCCGGCACCUGGAGAUCCUGCAGCUGAGCAAGAACCUGGUGAGGAAGAUCGAGGUGGGCGCCUUCAACGGGCUGCCCAGCCUCAACACGCUGGAGCUCUUCGACAACCGGCUGACCACGGUGCCCACGCAGGCCUUCGAGUACCUGUCCAAGCUGCGGGAGCUGUGGCUGCGCAACAACCCCAUCGAGAGCAUCCCCUCGUACGCCUUCAACCGCGUGCCGUCGCUGCGGCGCCUGGACCUGGGGGAGCUCAAGCGGCUCGAGUACAUCUCGGAGGCCGCCUUCGAGGGGCUCGUCAACCUGCGCUACCUCAACCUGGGCAUGUGCAACCUCAAGGACAUCCCCAACCUGACGGCGCUGGUGCGGCUCGAGGAGCUCGAGCUCUCCGGCAACCGGCUCGACCUGAUCCGGCCGGGCUCCUUCCAGGGCCUGACCAGCCUGCGCAAGCUCUGGCUGAUGCACGCGCAGGUGGGCACCAUCGAGCGCAACGCCUUCGACGACCUCAAGUCCCUGGAGGAGCUCAACCUGUCGCACAACAACCUCAUGUCGCUGCCCCACGACCUCUUCACGCCGCUGCACCGGCUCGAGCGCGUGCACCUCAACCACAACCCGUGGCACUGCAACUGCGACGUCCUGUGGCUCAGCUGGUGGCUCAAGGAGACGGUGCCCAGCAACACCACGUGCUGCGCCCGCUGCCACGCCCCCGCCGGCCUCAAGGGCCGCUACAUCGGCGAGCUGGACCAGUCGCACUUCACGUGCUACGCGCCCGUCAUCGUGGAGCCGCCCACCGACCUCAACGUCACCGAGGGCAUGGCGGCCGAGCUCAAGUGCCGCACGGGCACCUCCAUGACCUCCGUCAACUGGCUGACGCCCAACGGCACCCUGAUGACCCACGGCUCCUACCGCGUGCGCAUCUCCGUCCUGCACGACGGCACCCUCAACUUCACCAACGUCACCGUCCAGGACACGGGCCAGUACACGUGCAUGGUGACCAACUCGGCCGGCAACACCACCGCCUCGGCCACGCUCAACGUCUCUGCCGUGGACCCCGUGGGGGCGGCCGGUCCCGGCGGGCCCGGGGGCUCGAGCGGGGGAGGCUACACCUACUUCACCACCGUCACCGUGGAGACGCUGGAGACGCAGUCCGGGGACGAGAUCCUCCUGCCCCGCGGGACCGAGAAGGAGCCUCCCGGGCCCACGACGGACGGCGGCUGGGGCGGGGCCCCCCGCGAGCUCGGGGGCCCGGCCGCGUCCUCCACCACGGCUCCGGCGCCCAGGUCCUCCCGGCCCACGGAGAAGGCGUUCACGGUCCCCAUCACGGACGUGACGGAAAACGCCCUCAAAGACCUGGACGACGUCAUGAAGACCACCAAGAUCAUCAUCGGCUGCUUCGUGGCCAUCACCUUCAUGGCCGCCGUGAUGCUCGUGGCCUUCUACAAGCUCCGCAAGCAGCACCAGCUCCACAAGCACCACGGCCCCACCCGCACCGUGGAGAUCAUCAACGUGGAGGACGAGCUGCCCGCCGCCUCGGCCGUGUCCGUGGCCGCGGCCGCCGCCGUGGCCGGAGUGGGCGGAGGCGGGGACAGCCACUUGGCCCUGCCCGCCCUAGAGCGCGACCAUCUCAACCACCACCACUAUGUGGCCGCUGCCUUCAAGGCCCACUACAGCAGCAACCCGGGGGGCGGGGGCUGCGGGGGCAAGGGGCCGCCCGGCCUCAACUCCAUCCACGAACCUUUGCUCUUCAAGAGUAGCUCCAAGGAGAACGUGCAGGAGACGCAGAUCUGAGGCUGGGGGCGGGACUCGGACCCUUGGACCCUCUGCCCACCCGCGCGGGAGGGAACGGCGCCCCACCACGGGACUCCCGGUUUGCAUCCUGGAGCAUAGGGGGAGGAGGGAAUGGGAGCCACGCGGGGCCUGGACCUUGUGGGGAGUCUACCACUGCUGCCCCCUCCUCAUCCCCGUCCCGGCCCUGCCCACCGCGUGGGGAGAGCUUUUUUGAGGGGCCCUCUCCCCCUCCCCCCGCAGACCCCUUUUAUGGUUCAUUUUUCCAGUUUGAUGCCUUCCCUCCCCCCAGAAGAGACAGACCGAAAUCCCCCGAGCUCCUCCCAUCCCCAGCCUGGUCCCCCCACAUGCUAAGCCCCCAGCCCUGGCCUAGCCCACCCUGCCCACUGGCUGCUGGGGGAGGAGCCCCCGGCCCCUGCCCUCCACUGCCCAGACCCCACCCUCCCCCCAACCUGCUCCAUAGACUUUUUUGAUACUGAAGGGAGGUGUGUGUCCACGACUGCCCUGCUCUGUAAUUACUUUAAAAAAAAAAGAAAAAGUAAAAAAAUUUUUUUGUCAUGAAAAA